UGCACCUAGAACGCUGUACUCCCACGGUAGGAAUUUGCCUUCCUCACCUGCUUCUCAGGUUCGACGUAGUGACUUCCUCCAAAAUAAACUGGACCCCCGGGCCCGCCGGCCGCGCCACCGCUCCGUUACGGAGGCGCUUCACUUCCGGGUGUUCCCGGCGGUGGAGGCGACCACCGCACGAAAGACAAGCGAUCACAGACUCGGGACCGGUUAGCGCCAUGGGCAGCAGCUGCCGCAUCGAAUGCAUAUUCUUCAGCGAAUUCCACCCAACGCUGGGACCCAAAAUUACCUAUCAGGUGCCUUCCACACUCCCGGAACUGGACGAGGAGAGGGAUGCUCUCCGGAGCUCAGCUGCCUGCCUGGAGGGGUUGCGGGUCCCUGUGCUGCAUCCAGGUCCCUGAGGAUUUCAUCUCCCGAGAGCUGUUUGACACUGUCCAAGUGUACAUCAUCACCAAGCCUGAGUUACAGAACAAGCUUAUCACUCACAGCCAUGGAGAAGAAGCUGAUUGGCUGCCCCGUGUGCAUUGAACACAAGAAGUACAGCCGCAAUGCCCUCCUCUUCAACUUGGGCUUUGUGUGUGAUGCUCAGGCCAAGACUUGUGCCCUUGAACCCAUCGUUAAAAAGCUGGCCGGCUACUUGACCACACUAGAGCUUGAAAGCAGCUUUGUGUCCACAGAGGAGAGCAAGCAGAAGUUGGUGCCCAUCAUGACCAUCUUACUGGAAGAGCUAAAUGCCUCUGGACGGUGCACUCUUCCCAUCGAUGAAUCCAACACCAUCCACUUGAAGGUGAUUGAGCAGCGGCCUGACCCUCCUGUGGCUCAGGAAUAUGACGUGCCUGUCUUUACCAAGGACAAGGAGGAUUUCUUCAACUCUCAGUGGGACCUUACCACACAGCAGAUCCUCCCCUAUAUUGAUGGAUUCCGCCAUGUCCAGAAGAUCUCUGCUGAGGCAGACGUGGAGCUCAACCUGGUGCGCAUUGCCAUUCAGAACCUGCUGUACUACGGUGUUGUGACACUGGUAUCCAUCCUCCAGUACUCCAAUGUGUACUGCCCAACGCCAAAAGUCCAGGACCUGGUAGAUGACAAGUCCCUGCAGGAGGCAUGUCUGUCCUACGUCACCAAGCAAGGACACAAAAGGGCCAGUCUCCGAGAUGUCUUCCAGCUGUAUUGCAGCCUGAGCCCUGGCACCACUGUGCGGGACCUCAUCGGACGCCACCCCCAGCAGUUACAACAUGUUGAUGAAAGGAAGCUAAUCCAGUUUGGGCUGAUGAAGAACCUCAUCCGGAGACUACAGAAGUAUCCAGUCCGAGUGUCUCGGGAGGAACGGAGCCACCCUGCCCGGCUUUACACGGGCUGCCACAGCUAUGAUGAGAUCUGCUGCAAGACAGGCAUGAGCUACCAUGAACUGGAUGAGCGACUAGAAAAUGACCCCAACAUCAUCAUUUGCUGGAAGUGAGUCUGGCUGGCUGGAACAUAUCACUAUGGUUACUUACCCCUACUAAGCCCUCAUUAGCCCAUGGGGUCUAGACAAGUAGGCUAGUACAUAUGGCCUGGAGUGAUCCUUGGUUUUGUAAAUAAAGUCAUCUGUUUCAUCCUGUGGAAAA